AUGGAGGACGAAGAAAAAGGGACUAGGCCACAGCCUACUGUAGAGGCGCUGUCUUCAGACAAACCCUCAGGCAAUAUCUUUACUCGCCUCAACGACAAGAUCCUCUCCAUCAAAUACUUGGAAAGUCGAGGGAUCGAGCGUGUUCCGGUUGAGGAGCGUCAUGCAGUCACUUUUUCAGAUUACAUGCAGAUGACUCUGCUCUGGUUCAGCACGAAUAUCACCGCCAAUAACAUGGCUGUCGGUAUGUUGGGUCCACUGGAUUAUUCCCUUGGUUUUGUCGACGCGGCUCUUUGUGCGACGUUUGGCGCGUUGCUGGGGGCAGCUGGGGUCGCGUAUAUGGGCACUUUUGGACCGAUUAGUGGGAAUCGAACAAUGGUUGUCGCGAGAUACUUUAUGGGGUAUUAUCCGAGCAAAAUUGCCUGUCUUCUCAAUAUCAUCAUCAUGCUUGGGUAUGGAAUGAUUGAUUGUCUUGUCGGUGGGCAGAUACUGUCUGCCGUGGCUGGAGGACGCAUGUCUGUCGUGGUGGGCAUCAUCAUCAUCGCAGUGGUGACCUGGGUGGUGGUUGUCUUUGGCAUGAGCCUUUUUCAUAUCUACGAAAGAUGGGCAUGGCUCCCCCAAUUCAUCGCAGCGUUUGUCCUGGUCGGCAGUGCUGGGCCCAAGUUCGACACGUCCAUCACAUCUACUGGCGAUGCAGCCACAAUCAACGGCAAUCGACUCUCGUUCUUCUCCCUCUGCCUGUCUGCAUCUGUCGCAUGGGCACCGGCCGGCGCAGAUUUCUUCGUCUACUUCCCACCAUCCACGGGCAAAUGGAAGACAUUCCUCAUGACAUUCAUGGGAGUUGGCCUCGCAUUGACCUUUGCAAACCUCAUCGGCGUCGGGCUAGCCUCAGGCACCAUGACCCAUCCAUCAUGGGCGACAGCAUUUGAUACUUCCUCCGGCGCUCUAAUCCUUGCUGGCUACGAUGGACUAGGAGGGUUUGGCAAGUUCCUCGGUGUCAUCGUCGCACUGGGUUUAAUCGCGAAUAACAUCCCCGGGACGUAUUCCGCCACUCUCGGAUUCCAAAUCAUGGGUCGCCAUAUCGCCCGCCUUCCGCGAUGGUUUCUUUCCUGUGUCGGAGUACUCAUUUACACGGCUUGUGCUCUGGGCGGUCGCAAUAACCUCUACGACAUUUUUGAGAAUUUCCUCGCUCUCAUGGGAUACUGGGUAACUAUCUAUCUGACCAUUGCAUUGGAGGAGCAGUUCAUCUUUCGUCGCACGCGCGGGUUUGACUGGGAUGCGUGGGCUGAUCCGGCGCGAUUACCGGUUGGAAUCGCGGCACUGGCUGCGUUUCUUAUCGGAUGGGCUGGAGCGAUCGUCUGCAUGGACCAGAUCUGGUAUGUUGGGCCUAUUGCAAAGAUGGUUGGAGAGGAUGGAUCGGAUUUGGGUAUUUGGGUUGGUGUUUCAUGGGCGAUGAUUGUGUACCCGCCGUUGAGAUGGAUUGAGUUGAAGAAGUUUAACCGGUGA